AUGUCUAGAGUCAUUCAAGAGAAGAAGCUAGGUGCAGGACGUGUUGUUGCAGUAGCCAUUGAAAACAACAAAACAAGCCAAUAUGCUGCUAAAUGGGCUGUUGAUAAUCUUCUUCCUAAAGAUCAACAUCUUUUGUUAGUUCAUGUUAGACAAAGAGUUUCUUCAAUUCCUACACCAAAUGGAAACCUUGUACCUGUUGAUGUCAAUGAUGAUGUAGCUAGAGCUUACAUGCAACAAAUGGAUAACGAAUCAAAAGAGCUUUUCUCUUCGUUUCGUGUCUUCUGCAAUAGAAAGAAUAUAGUGUGCAAAGAAGUCUUGUUGGAAGACUUGGAUAUAGCAAAGGGUAUCAUAGAAGGUAUUACAACAUAUUCCAUUGAGCUUCUUGUUCUUGGAUCACCAUCAAGGAGUGGUCUUGUAAGAAGAUUUAGGACAAGUGAUGUUCCUAGCAUUGUGUCGAAAGGAGCGCCUCCGUUUUGCACGGUGUACAUUAUAUCGAAAGGAAAAAUCUCAUCUGUGAAAACAGCUACUAGUCCUUUAACAGUGAAAGCCGUAGCGCGUAGAAAUGCUAUGCAGAUGCCACAAAAGCUGCAGCAAAGUCCUGAGAGAUUGGAUGUACAACAAUUAAUGCGAAACACCCCGAUACGGCCAGCAGCAGAGAAGCCAGCAUUACUUUCACGCCUUCAAGACGAAGAAGACGAAAUCAAAUCGCCAUUCGUGAGAGGCGCAAGACCAACUCACAGAUCGUACGAGUCCACGGUCAUUGACUCCGAUAUCUCCUUUGUGAGCAGCGGAAGGCCGAGUAUCGAUAGGAUGUUCCCUUCAAUGUAUGAAGAAAUGGACUCUGGAAGUGGAAUGACCCCUCGGCUUUCUGGAGGCUCGGAUUAUGAUAUCAGAAGCUUCGGUUCGUCUUACUCAGGUGCUAAGUCAAUUGAUCAUGACUAUUCAUUCUGUUCACAAGACAGUGGAAGGUCCGUGUCACCGCAACAAAUGGUAUCAAGCUCGGAUGAAGUAGAAGCUGAAAUGAGGAGAUUGAGGUUAGAGCUGAAGCAAACAAUGGAAAUGUAUAGUUCAGCUUGCAAGGAAGCAUUGACAGCGAAACAAAGGGCAGUGGAACUUCAGCGAUGGAAAUCUGACGAACAAAAGAAAACCAGUGACGCUAAAUUAUCCCAAGAAACAGCACUCGCAGAGAGAGCGAAAAGUAAAGUUGCUAUGGAAGCAGCAGAAGCGAGUAGAAAAAUCGCAGAGUUGGAAGCACAGAAAAGAAUCAGUGCAGAAAUGAAAUCUAACACAGGAGGAGACAGUUUCUUACUCGGUCCGGUUAGGUACCGAAGAUAUAGUAUUGAGGAAAUAGAAGAAGCAACAAAAUACUUUUCAAACUCACUGAAAAUCGGUGAAGGAGGUUAUGGACCGGUCUAUAGGGCUGAACUAAAUCACACUGCAGUUGCAAUAAAAGUGUUGAAACCCGACGCAACUCAAGGACGGUCGCAGUUUCAACAAGAGAUUCAAGUUCUGAGUAACAUAAGACAUCCAAACAUGGUUCUUCUCCUUGGAGCGUGUCCCGAGUUCGGUUGCCUAGUGUAUGAGCACAUGAGUAAUGGAAGCUUGGAUGAUUGUCUCUUUAGGAGAAAUAAUAGUAAAGCACCAGUUCUGCCAUGGCAGCUAAGAUUCCGAAUUGCUGCGGAGAUAGCCACCGGGCUCCUUUUCCUUCAUCAGACUAAACCAGAACCAUUGGUGCACCGUGACUUAAAACCCGGAAAUAUUUUGCUCGACCGGAACUAUGUGAGCAAGAUUAGUGAUGUAGGGUUGGCAAGGCUUGUCCCUCCUUCAGUUGCAGACACGGUGACACAGUAUCGCAUGACAGCAACUGCUGGAACUUUCUGUUACAUUGAUCCGGAGUAUCAGCAAACGGGCAUGCUCGGAACAAAGUCUGAUAUUUACUCACUCGGUAUCAUGCUUCUACAGAUGAUAACAGCAAAGCCACCAAUGGGUUUGAGUCACCAAGUUGCAAAAUCUAUUAAGAGAGGUAAUUUUGGUGAGAUGCUUGAUCCUGCUGUUGAAGAUUGGCCAAUUGAACAUGCUAUGCAUUUUGCAAAGCUUGCUAUUCAGUGUGCUGAAAUGAGAAGAAAAGAUAGACCUGAUCUUGGGAAAGUUGUUUUGCCAGAGCUUAACAAACUCAGAGAUUUUGCUGAUGAAAACAUGCCUAUGAUGAUGAUGUUUGGUGGUGGAGGAUUCAAUCAAAGAAAUAAUAUGUAUUACCGAUCCUCGUUAUCCUCAUCAAGUCAAGACUCAAUGAGUGAUUCCCAGUCAAUGUCUGGAUAUGAAAGCCGAUCAAGCUCAUCUUCAAUGUGA